AUGCCGGAGCUUACUUCAAAGGGCGUUAUUACUUCUAAGAAGGGCUUUAAGAAAGCUGUAGUGAAGAUGUAGAAGAAAGAAGGGAAGAAACGCAAGAAGAUCCGCAAGGAGAGUUACUCAAUUUACAUCUAUAAGGUGUUAAAGCAGGUGCAUCCCGACACAGGCAUCUCAGCCAAAGCCAUGAGCAUCAUGAACUCUUUUGUCACUGACAUCUUUGAACGUGUUGCAGCUGAGGCAUCGCGCCUGGCGCAUUACAACAAGCGCUCGACCAUCACGUCCCGGGAGAUCCAGACGGCCGUGCGCCUGCUGCUGCCUGGGGAGCUGGCCAGGCACGCGGUGUCCGAGGGCACCAAGGCCGUCACCAAGUACACCAGCUCCAAGUAA